ACCGCCGUCUUCAAUCCCGAUGGCGGAGAAACCGAAAGACGCCAAAUUCUCAGCUCCCGCGGCGGCGCUCACCACCGCGCAGCUGGAUACCAGCAAGGCCGACCGACGCGUGUGGAUGAUGAAGUGCCCCCCCGUCGUCGCACGUGCCAUGCAGAGCAACACCACUCACCCCCAACCCCCGCCGCCGUUCCCCUCCGACCCUUCCGUCGGCCAAAUCUUCGCCAAAGUCGUCGUCGCCGUCGAUCCGCUGCAUCCUAACGACGACUUGUCAUCCACGCAGUUUACUAUGGAGUUGGCUGGCAUUGGAGAUAGGAACUUGCUGAAGCGCUACUCAAUGGCCAUGUCCACUGAUUUUAUUCCAAUGUCUGUAUUAUCUGAGUCAUCUCAAGGGAAGCCUUCUGUGGAGGGGACAAUCUACCAUAAAUUCGACAUGAAGCCUCAUUCUGAGAAUAUUGAAGACUAUGGCAAAUAUUGCAGGGAGAGGACGAAUAAAUCUAUGGCUAAACCCAGACAAACAAGGUUCAUUAAUGAUGAUAGUGGACUCCGUAUAAGAUCCAUGCCUGGAAUGUAUGAUAUUAAGACCACUGGAUCAACGGAGAAAAAAGCUCAAGCCAAGGGGUCAGAGUCGAAAAGAACUAGAAAAGACCCUGAAGAAAUGGAGAAGAUCAUGUUUAGGCUCUUUGAGAAAAAGCCAAAUUGGACACUAAAACAACUUGUUCAGAAUACAGAUCAGCCUGAGCAAUUUCUCAAAGAUAUGCUCAAGAGUCUGUGCGUGUACAAUAACAAGGGAACCAACCAAGGAACCUACGAACUUAAACCUGAAUAUCGGACAGACGAGACCCCCGAUGCUAGUUAAACUACAUCAUUUUGAAUGAUGGACAUGAGAGGAUGUCCAAGUUUAUCAGCAACUUCCUUGGUAUUGUGAUGUUAUCUGUGGUAAGUGGUAACCUCUAAACUUUGAAUAUUUUGUCAUUUUGUAGUCAUUCGAUUCUUGUAGUAACGUUCCUGAAUGAACUUAUCUAUCUACCACUUUGAACAACUUAAUGCGAACUUCUUCAAAUUCAUUUUCCUCCCACUUAAA